AUGGACUGUAUCUCUCUGACGUACAGUGGUCUGGCCCCAAAGGGAGGAGACACAUUUGUGAUCUUGAAUUUAGAGAAGUGGCUGCAGAAGACUUCCUGCUUUGAUGAAGUGUGCGGCUGCGAAGAUGAGGCUCUGGCAGAUAGCGAUCAGUUUUCAUGUCGUCUCACGGUUGUGACUGUUUGGUAUCCAGACGCAGCUGUAAAUCCCACUUUCACUCUCAGACCUGAACGUUCUCCUCCCGUCUCUGUGAAACCCAGCUCUGGAGACGUCUCUACAGUCGCAGCAGAAGAUCAAAGUGUCUCCAGAGAUCCUCACAGUUCCACUCCUGAGCAUCAGCAGAACAAAGAACCAGGAUCCACGCUGCUGUUUGUGGGUGUGACUCUGGCGGCCCUCGUCCUCCUGUUAGCGGCUGUUCUGUUGAUAUUCUGUAGAAAGAUCAAAGGCCACAUGUCAAAAGAACUUCCUGUGAGUGUCGACGACAGAGACGAUUACGAGGCUUCUCACAGAUCCUACGAGGAGAUCGGCCCCGGCGUUGUCUCUCGUCCUGUGGAGGUGUCGACGGUUUACGCCUCAGCCUCGUUCAGCAAACUGACAGAAGACCCGGCAGAUCUGUACAGUUUGGCCACAGCUCCAGGAAACCAGCAGCAAGAAGAGGACAAUCCAAGCUACACUCAAAUCCAUUUCCCCAUCGGCCCAGGUGGAAACAGCGCCCCCCAGAGUCAGAGCGAGACACUGUACUCUGUGGUUCAACCCAGACCUGUAGAUUCCCUUUACUCCACUGCUGCUUUCUCACAGUAG